UUUAGCAGCCGGACACAGUCAGCGAGCGGACAAGAUGUUUCUCCUCGGCGGAAGCUUUCCUCUAACUCGUGUUUUUUCGGUUUUUCGCCGGGAGCUAUGAUUACCGGAGUCGUGAACGGACAAGGAUUUGGGAAUAUUGCGUGUGUAAGAGUUCGUUUGAGGAGUUCGGCGAGCGGUAAAGGAGCAGUCGGCGUUAGCUAAUCUGUGUUAGCUAAAGCUUAUAUAAACCCGGCUGUAGCUAAUGCUCAUUGAAGUCGAACUGAUUUUGCUCAGGUAAUUCAAUUAUCGGACAUGAGUUUGAUACCCAAAUAUUAGUAUAAGUUACUAAUAAAAUAAGUUUUUUUUCCACCCCUGUUCAGCUUAAAGGAUUUAGUAUUGGUGUAACGGAACACCUCUGGGGCAGUUAAAUGCCCCUUAAAAGUGCCAUUUUUCUAUUUUGUUUUUACUCGUCUCCUAUGAUUUAGUAGUGGGUAGCAGAUUGACAUGGAGUGGUUGAAGAUUGCAUUUUCUGUGAAACCUUUUAGAUAAACUCUGAUUCAUCGUCAUAUGUUGGGGUGGGGGUUGGAUUUUAUUCUUUUAUGUCACAUAGUUUGGAAAAAGCCUCAGUCUUGUUCCAAUGGCCGCGGUUGGGAGGCAGUCAGAGCGCUGGUCUGUUUUAGGAUCAAAACUUUCAAAUGAACAUUUUGGAAACGAGGUGAAAUAUAACAGCAGAGAACUUUAUCUGCGCUGGUCAGACCAACAUUGAGCCUCCGAUAAUAUACAUUUAAGUCACUGUGAAGAGAGAAGAUGGAGACGGGGGUUCUGCCUCACCAGGGCGACCUGCUCCUCCACCCGCUCUCCUGCCCUGGAGCCGCGGGGCUCUGCCCCGAAAUGCUCGAGGUGGCCGAGGAGGCCAGCCGGGCCGGGGACUUCAACCUGGCCGUAGAGAUCUACAGCUCCCAGCUCGCAGACCUCCAGCAGCCGGACCGGGGCUUGUGUCUGCGGAAGGGCGACUCUCUGGCCCGCGCCGGGCGGAUUUCGGAAGCGCUGGAGGCGUACUGCACCGCGGCCAGCCUGGGCAAGCUGCGCCCGGAGGAGCUGCCCGUCCUGGUGGACUCCGUCGCCCGGACGCUCCGCGGGAAGGAGCUGGGCCUUCCCGUGACCCUGACCGGCCAGACGAAAAAAAGCGACGGCGGACAGGACGGGGCUCGCAACGACGGGGAGUGCGAAGACGACGAAGCCCUGGAUUUGUUUUCCUGCCGCCUCUGCAAGUGUCUGCUGCAAGAGCCCGCAACUCUGGAGUGCGGGCACACUUUCUGUAAGCGAUGCGUGGAGGACGACGCCGUCAAACAUUGCGUGAGCUGCAAACAGAAACCGAGCAAAAGCGACCGGAGAGUUAACGUGGUUCUCAGCGGACUGCUGGACAAACUGUUUGAAUCUGAGAGCAAAGCCAGGAAGAUGUGGAUCGAGGGGGAAGUUCUGUGGCGUAAACAGAACCUGGCGGAGGCUUUGGAGCGAUAUAACGCAGCAGUAGAUCUAGCGCCCUCUUCAGGCAACCUGCUAUAUCAACGGGCUGAACUGCACAUGGAGAUGAGGAACUUCAACCAGGCGGUGGAGGAUGCUAACAGUCUGUGCAGGAUAAAGCCGCUAUGGACAAAGGCUCACUGCCUCAAAGCCACGGCGCUGAGUAAAGCCGACCGAAACGACGAGGCCUUGCAGGAAUACCUCCUUUGUCUGGCGCUGAAACCGGACUGGACCAAAGUGAAGCUUGAGGCUCAGAAGGUGCUCAGCGCGGCGUUCUCCUCCGUGUUCGAGAACGAGGACAUGCCCACGCCGCCUCACCCCCUGCAGGGCGGGCUGGCCACACGCCUGAUCAAACCCCCCGCCCUGCUCCAGUCGCUGAGGCCGCUGACACAGAAACCGGGCUGCUCCUCGCAGGAUUCAGAGUUCAACGUAGCAAAAAGCUCCCCUGUGGACGGACCAUCUUCCGAACUUUCUCCCAUGUCUCCCGCUAAGUCAGACGUGCCUUCCCCUGUGGCUGCAGGGGAAGGCAGCUCCAAAAGUCUGGCCAACGUUCUGGCUUCACUGCCGGCGCCCCACGGUGGCAUGAAAAGGAAGCACAGUGGUGACGGAGCCGCCGCACCGUUCAAACCUCCGUCCAAACUCUCCAAACCUGAUGAUGUAAAGGCGUUUCAGACGGCUUCAGUUUGUGGAGGCAGAGUGGUUCCUGUUGAUUUGCUGGACAGUGGAGACCUGGAGUGUUCACUCUGCAUGAGAUUGUUCUACGAGCCUGUGGCUACUCCCUGUGGUCACACCUUCUGCCUCAAAUGUCUGGAGCGCUGCUUGGACCACAACCCCAACUGUCCUUUGUGCAAGGAGAAUCUGUCUGAGUUUCUCGCUAGCAGAGGUUACAAUAAGACCUUUCUGAUGGAGGAAGUCCUACAGCGUUACCUUGGAGACGAGCUGGCAGAGCGGAAGAAAAUCCAUGAGGAGGAAAUGAAGGAGCUGUCCAAUUUGAACCAGGAAGUGCCCAUCUUCGUGUGCACCAUGGCCUUCCCCACCAUCCCCUGCCCGCUUCACGUCUUUGAGCCGCGCUACCGCCUCAUGAUUCGCCGCUCCAUGGAGACGGGCACCAAGCAGUUCGGCAUGUGCAUCGCCGACGAGCUCAGAGGCUUUGCCAACUACGGCUGCAUGCUGGAGGUGCGUGAUGUCAAGUUCUUUCCCGACGGCCGCUCGGUGGUCGACACUAUCGGAGUUUCUCGGUUCAAGGUCCUCAGCCACGGACAGAGAGACGGCUACCACACCGCUAAGAUAGAGUACCUGGAGGACAGGAAGGUUGAGGGGGAGGAGAUGGUGGAGCUCCUGAAGCUGCACGACUCUGUGUACGAUCAGGCCAACAACUGGUUCACGUCGCUGAAGGACAACAUGAAGAGUCAGAUCCUCAGCCACUUUGGACAUCUUCCCAGUAAAGAUCCAGACCCACAGGCGGUUCCUGAAGGCCCGGCCUGGUGCUGGUGGCUCCUGGCCGUCCUUCCCCUGGAGAACCGAGCCCAGCUCACCAUACUGGCCAUGAACUCCCUCAAGGACCGCCUCAUCGCCAUCCGAAGGGUCCUCAUCUUCGUCACCCGCAAGAGGCCGCGGUGAUUCAGCCUCGUUUCGACCAGCUCGGGUGUCUAUGCAGUUCAGAAGCCUGAUUUCCCUUGCCGCCGUUUGACUCCACCCGUUUACUUUUCGGUUUGCUCCUUUUCGCCCCGUGUCGGUCCGCUCUGAGAUGUUGAUGAACAUGUAGCCCUUCAGAGCACGUCUUUCUGCAGAUGGCAUCAGGUUGGUCGUGGGGGAAAAAACAAAACAAAACAGAACUUGAGUCAUCAUCACAUCAUUUUGUAAAGAUGUGCCAGACUUUUUCAUUGAAGGAACAACUUGCAGAAACAUCGAAAGCAAAGCAGCUUCAGGAUGAAUAACAAUUCCCCUCCUGUCACACACUAAGCAGUAUUCACCGGAGAGGGGAACGGGAGAUGGCCCACUACAGAAAUCUGCUGAAAAAUUAUGCAAAAACAAAAGGUUUUUUUGCAUAGCGACAUAUAUAAUGAAUGUACUGAAUGUUUUCUUCCUUUUUUGUUUCUCCUCCCCUCCCUUGCCUUACUAACUUUACCGAAAUAUGUUCAACAAAUUUCCUUGUAGAAGAACUAGCAAAUGCUGCCUCACUUUAAGUAUUCCUGACCGAGCCAAAACCAGGCCAGGUGUUUGGCGUGUAGCUGAGGACGAUGUCAUAACGACAGACGCACCGAGCCAAAUUUUGUUGCCAAUUUCCACUUUUGGUAAAACUUCUUAUUCUGUUUUUACAGACUCUGACAUAGAACUAACAGCGUUAAAAUGAUAUGUGAUCGGGAAGCAGCGUUACACUGUGAGUGUGUGUGCGCACGCAUGUGUGUGUAAGAGAAAGUGUGCACAGUUGCCUGGAAACAGAAUUUCCAAAAUGGAUUCCAAAUCCCACUUGUUUCAAGUCAGAGGGCAAAAGCUCUGAAUAACAAAACUAAGGAUGCACCGAUCACGAUUUUGGCCAGUACCAAUUUUUUUUUUUUUUUUUUUAAUUGAACUGAUGCUGUCAGGUGUUAUGAGGUCACAAUACGCCUUUCAGUGCUCCAAUUUUAUUGAAAACCAUUGAACCAAAGACAAUACUGUCGUGGAAUCUUCAGUUCACUAUUAAAUAUUUUCUGACAAUUUUGACUUAAUUUUAUUUUUGUUUUUUCAAAUGUCUUUUUUUUACUUUACUGCAAUCUACUUGAGACUUCUUCCCUCUGUGACAACGUCCACACCAAAGAGCAUUGACGGUAGUGCUACCUGGUAUGUUGGGCUUUAUGCAAGGUGCGUUCAGAGAUCGGGACAAAAAAAAAAAAAAACAGAUUUCUGAGUUUUCUACCAACCAGGACCAAUAAGAUAAAAAAAUGUAAUAAAAUUCAGCAAUUCCUCGGUGCGUCUCUUGUCAUGGCAGCUGUCGUGGGCGAGGACGUGAUUCAGCGCAACCUUUCGACUACAGCGUGCAAACGCGUGUUUAAUCCUGGCUUGGACGGAUCCAAGAACUUGCGUUGCGCAAACUCUGGUCACAGUAACGGAAAGACUGAUAGAAACUCAUCCAGAUGUUGCCGAAGUGGCACAUGGUGUCCUAUUGUAGCAGACCGCCGGGACAGAACAGACGUAGUUUUAGGUUGUCCAUGCACUCUUCUGUUUGUGUCUCUCUGCUCUGCCUGUAGCUGGGUGUCAGUGUGUAUAAUUUGGGUGAAUUAUAUGUAUCAGUGUAAUUCAGAGGCCUUUUUUAAUGUCUUCAAGGAACAACUUCAUCUUCUUUCUCUUUCACUGUCUGUAAUAUUAACUUGCACACAAUAAUAAUGCAAUUCCCGCCCCAUGGGGGUUUCCUUAUAAACAGUAAGACAUAUUUAAGCAACCUUGAAAACUUUUUUAUUAUUAUUAUUUAUAAUUCUGCAUCAUUUAAUUUUUUUUGCUUCUUCAGACAUUUGCUUUGAAAAAUAAACCCCAAAACACCAUUUAUGGCCAACUUCUACCUUAGUUUUUUUUUUUUUAUGUGAACCUAAAAUGCAUCUUUUUUUAUUAAGCAGUCGUGCAAUUUCCACAGAAUCUUACACAUUGAUGAAAACAACAACGAAAAGCAUAACGAUUCAGUUCAAAGUAAAGCUGCGGAGAGCUUUUUGCAAAAUACAUUUAAAAAAUCAAGUCAGCGCCUUAAUUUGAACUGAUUUUGUAAAGUCACUCUCCGGAAAAAAAAAAAAAGCCCGUAUGUAUGCAGAAUGGGGUCCAAGAUGAAUGUGAGCGGGGGACGUUUCAAUAACAGUUUGCGUGACAUUUCUGUGGAUGGCAACAUGUGGACAUGCUCGUCUUGAGCAACAUAUUUACUCGUGAAUACAAGGGGGCUCCUGGCCUACGUAAGCACUAUGGCGUUGAAUAGCAGACCAGUGAGGAAACCGAUCAGGUGGCACGUGCCCACGCUGAUCCAUCUCGCGAGGCGGUUGCAUUAUUCUUGUGCAUUUUUUCUCUACGUUAUUCUGUUCCUUCGAGAAGCUUGAGGCUCCUGCGGUUUUCACAGCGUGCUGUGACUCUCCAGUAUAUUUGUAAAGGGCGCUCUUGUACCUAUUUUUAUUUCAAAUAAAAAGAAACUCAUCACA